UAUUUAGUAUACUAUUUAACGAGUAAAUAGGUUUUAUUAAUAGCUGUUGGGUAUUUGUAUAAAUGAAGUAGAAAUUAUUUCAUACUAAUUAUACUUGAACCAAUUCAUAUGGAAGUGCCAACGGAACUUGAUUUUAAGAAUAUCGCAAAGGACUAUUAUAAUAUUUGGAACUUUCCCAGUUGUCUCGGCUCUAUUGAUGGGAAACACAUUAAAAUUAAAUGUCUUCCACAUUCUGGUUCUGUUUUAUAAUUAUAAACAAUUUUUUUCGAUUGUUCUUCAAGGAGUAGUAGAUGCAAAUUAUAAGUUUAUGAACAUUGAUGUUGGUGGUUAUGGAAAACAGAGCGAUGGUGGAACAUUAAGAUCUUCGACUUUUUUUUAUAUAUGUCAGAUGGACGUCUCACUAUUCCAAAUGACACUGCACUGCCGAAUUCAGAAAUUAAUGCACCUUAUGUAUUUAUAGGAAAUGAAGUUUAUCCGCUUUUGAAAAAUUUAUUAAAACCUUACAGUGGACAACAGUUAAACGCACACAAAGAAUAUAAUUUUAAUGCAAGAUUGUCAAGAGCUCGAAGAACCGUUGAAUGCGCUUUCGGAAUUAUUUUCUCUAAAUGGAGAAUUUUAAGCAAAGCCAUAGAAACUUCUGUAACUGUAGCAGACGAUAUUGUUAAAGCUAUUUGCGUCUUGCAUAACGCUAUUAUUGAUAAAGAAGGUACUGAGCAUCAUUUACGGAAUUUAUCUUUUGCAAGAGAAUUAAGUGUGAGGCAUGAUUUUGAUAGGCCAACCCAGCUGGCUCAAAACCUAUUAUCAUUGCAAUGAUCGACGCUCAUAUCGUUUAUCGACGCUCCAACAUAAACGUGCCCUAAUGCAUUAACAUAUGGGGAAACUUUGACGGCUUUUUUCUAGGGUAACGGUUGAUUUCUGGCACAUGGUUCC